CAGUGUUGAUAUUAUUUCUAUGUUUCCGGACGUCGAGCAUACGUUCGCUCAAUAACAAAGUAUUUCACAAUCUACGCGAAAUAUUUUACUGACAGUGCAAACACGAGGUUUUCUAGUUUGUGUUGAAUUGGAAUUCAUGUUAAAAAAUUUGUUACACUGAAGACAUGGUUAAACGCGACAAAGUCGAUAUCCUGGACCUGUUUUUGGAACACGGAGUGGACAUCGGACAUUUUUUAUCGGAGGAGGGUCAAGCCUUCACCAAACCUCGCCUCAUCGAAGACAACACGAUCCCUGUGUUCUCCCAGUCACACGUUAUGGACGACCUGACCCCGCCCUACGGUCAGACUGACGACUCUCAGCAGCUGCGCGCGGAUCUGCCCGCCACCCUGUACACUGAUGCCGACUUCCUCAACGACAGUGUGUCUGCCGUCGUAGAGGUACCCCACGAGAUUACGCUCCAACAGGCCAUAGAAGAUCCUGUGAUUGAGUCGAUAGCCGGAAGUAGCCAGAGCCCCUCCUCUGUGUACGACAGUUCCGACGGAUUCCAGCAUUUAGACGACUCCGUCAGCUCCCAGUUCACCUAUGAUGAUCUUGACUCCUCUCAAGCCUUUUUUGCGGAGGAGGUUUCAAAGACAGAAUUGGAUAUUGACUUAAGUCCUCUACUGAAGCAAGAAAUCAAACAAAAAAUCAAAAACAGGAGAAGAGCCGAAGGCAAAGAGGAAAUCCGGAUAGAGUUCAAGGAACCGUCUCCCGAGAGAUUAACUGAGGAGGAGGAAGAACGCAGGCGGGUCAAAAGAGAGAAGAACAAGAUGGCAGCACAGAAAUGCCGAAGCAAGAAGAGGAAACUGGCGGACACGCUUGAAGAGGAGACAAUGAAAUUAGAAGAAAAGCAGGAGAAAUUACAAGAAGAGGUGCAAAAGUUACGAGAGGAACGCGAACAUCUAAUGGAACUUCUUAAAAUACAUAGUCAGGUGUGUCCCAAGAUGUCCAGACUCGGCUCAUGAUGUCACUUCCGGUUCUGACAAGAACAUCAUCUGUAUAAGUUGUUCUUAAGUAACUUGUAGUCAAAACAGGCUGACCAACGAUUCUUCUGUUUCUUCAAGAUGACAUAGGUGCCCCGAGAGACACAAGUGCGGUACCGAAGAAGAGACACUUUUUGUUUAUCAGUCUUUGUGACCGGAGGUCUUGGCUCCGACAUUUUUGUAGGAGCGAUAUAGAAGAUUGGCGAAAAGAGCAAAAACUGACUGGCUGACAAAUAACCAGCAACUGCAAGAAGGUGAAAAAUUGUUUGUGGUUUAGAACUGACGUACAUUUAACGUUUGUUUUCAGAUCUGAUCAUGUGAAGGGUUUAGCUAAACAUGGUAUUAAAUGUAUCAUGUUGAUAUUUCUAUAUAUCAGGCUAUACUCUUUCAUUGUCAUGCUACAACUGUGUUUUACUUGCCAAGUUUACAAUGAAACUUAGAAAUUGAUUUCAAUCAAAUGGCUUACUAUAUAUGGUAUUUAUACUGUAUAAAAUGGCAGCGAUUUUACGAAAACUUUAUUUUAUAUGUAAUAUCAUUUUUGUACGACGAAUUUGUUUGGAAGGUGGAUCGCAGAUUUUGUACGUGGCUUACUCAGGACUUACAUAUAUGUUUAAUUUAUUUAUCAAAGUUAACAAUAUUCCGGAAGACCGAGUCCUGAACAAAAAUGGCGGUCUUCUAUCCACACCAUUACUGAUAUGUAUUUUGUUGUGGAUUGACUCAAGUAUAGUCUAGAUUUGUAUGUAUGUGUGUAACAUUGUUUGAUGUUGUUGACGUUAAUUUUUAUUGGUUAUUAAAUCACCAAAUAUUGUUAA